AUGGAUAGCAUGAGUGAGGCAUUUGAUCAAAUGCAAAUGGUCAAGGAUGUUCUAGCCAACAGUGAUAAAGUUUCAGAGGUCCUACAAGAGUCUACUCAUCAGUUCAACCUGCUUACUUCACCCACCUUCCUACCAAAGGUCAAGGAUCAAGGGAAAUUCACUCUCCCUUGCACACUUGGGCAUCUUGAGAUUGACAAUGCCUUAGUGGAUUCUGGAGCAAGCAUCAAUCUGAUCUCUCUCUCCAUGGCAGAGAAGCUAGGCAUUGCUGGAGCCUUGCAGCGCCCUACUACUUCAAUCAUGUUUGGAGAUGCAACUUCUAAGUCUCCUCUUGGAGUGUUCAAGAACUAUCACUUGAAAAUUGGAGAAUGCAUCAUCCAAACUGAUCUCACUGUGAUGGAAAUGGAAGAAGAGAAGGAUUUGCCUUGUUAUUGGGAACCCCUUUCCUUACCUAGAGGUUCAGACUUUUGUGCCACAAUUGACAGUACCAAUCUCAGUUCUAAGAGUCAUGGAGCUACAAAGGUUGUGAAGGAAAGGGUUGACAAAGAACCAAGAGUUGGGAAGGAUAAGGAUGAGAGAGGACCAAGGAUUGAGAAGCCACGUCUUGAGAGGGCUAGAGUUGAGAAACCACGAUCUGAUAGGCCACGAGCUGAGCGACUUGUUCAAGCCCCUUGUGUGCUUGAUGAAGAGAGCCUUCAAGCUUUGUUUGAUGAGCCACUAGGAAGGGCUCUAAAAGAAGGGGAGGAUGCAGCCUCUAAGGCAAGACCAGGAGAUAAAAGAAAGGAUCCACCAGCUCAGGCCCCUUCAGUCAAGCCAUCUCAGCUCACAAUGACCUUGUUCCCCACCAAGUUUGAAAAUGGGAAGAUUGAGUACAAGAUAAGGUACAAGGGGAGAUCAAGGCCAUUCUCUAGAGCCAAGGCCUUGGUGACUUCAGAACAGUCCAGGGACCCAACCAAGCUAAAGGAGCUUCUGUCUCAAGUCCUCACUAUCACCCUUGAUGGUGGGACUAGCUCAACCAAUGCCUAA